AUGAUUGAUGCUGUAUUUGGUACUGCUUUGAUGGAUAUUUAUGCGAAAUGCGGGCGGCUUGAUAUGGCGUGGGAUGUUUUUGAGAAGAUAAAGAAAGACGUUUUCACUUGGAAUGCUAUUAAUUGUGGGCUAGCUAUGUAUGGUAGAGCAGAGGAUGCAAUUAAGCUUUUCUUUAAGAUGCAAAGACAGAAGUUUAGGCCUAACGGGAUCACUCUUGAAUGGGAGAUUUUCAAUUCUAUGAAGGAAGUGUAUGGUAUUGAGCUUGAGAUGGAGCAUUAUGGAUGUGUAGUUGAUCUCCUAGGAAGAGCAGGGCUCUUGGGAGAGGCAGAGGAGCUUAUAUAUUCGAUGCCGAUAGAACCAAGUGCUGCUGCUUGGGGAGCACUUUUAGGUGCUUGUAGGAGACAAGGAGAUGUUGAAUUAGAUGGAUCGCAUCCGCAAAUGAAGAAAAUCUGCCUGACAAUGAAAAAUAUGCUCAAGAGGCUAGAGAUAGAAUAUUAUUCACCAAAUACAUCUCAGGUUAUAUUCGAUAUUGAAGAGGAAGAGAAGGAAGCUGAACUGCAGAACCAUAGUGAAAAAUUUGCAAUUGCUUUCGGAUUCAUUUACACAGCCAGUAACAGCAAUCCGAGCUGUGAAGAAUUUAAGGAUGAGCGAGGGCUUCCAUUCUGCCUUCAAGCUACUCUCUUGAGUCUAUAG